GAAGAAGAAGAAGAGUUUCUUUGGUUCUCUGGGUUCCCUGGGUGCAACCAACCAUAACCACAACAAUUCGUAAGGCGUCAUGUGACUCUCGCGCCACGUGACCACCAAUAAAAAAUGGCAGCCCACUGUUCUGCCGGACUUGCCACAAGAUCAGGACUCGGUGGUUUUCUGCAGAGAGUUUGUAGUCAGAGAAGCCGCUGUCCUGCCACAGCCCUUCUGUGUCAGCAACAUCGGAACUUCUUCUGGAGGAAGUGGAAAAGUUCUCACAAUGUAGUUCGGCCAGCUGCUGUUAGGCCUGCCUAUGAAGUGCCCAAGCACAUUGUUCGGCCUGAGUAUGUAAGCAAUAAACUGGUCCCAGAAUGGCCAGACUACAUAGAAAUCAAAGAUCAAGAGCAGAUCGAAGGCCUUACCAGAGCAUGUCAGCUCGCCAGGCAUGUACUGCUGCUAGCUGGACGCAGUCUGAAGGUUGGCAUGACAACAGAUGAAAUAGACUUCAUUGUGCACCAGGAGACAAUCAAGCACAAUGCAUACCCAUCCCCUCUCGGAUACGGGGGUUUCCCCAAGUCUGUCUGUACCUCUGUGAACAAUGUGGUCUGUCAUGGCAUCCCUGACAGUCGACAGCUUCAAAAUGGAGAUAUCAUUAACAUCGAUGUCACUGUGUAUCUGGAUGGUUACCACGGUGACACCUCAGAAACCUUCUUGAUUGGUGAGGUGGAUGAGGUAGGACGGCGAUUGGUAGAAACCGCCAGGUAUUGUCGAGAUGAGGCCAUCGCUGCCUGCAUGCCGGGUGCAAAGCUCUGUGUUAUAGGAAACACUAUCAGUGAAAUCGCCCAUGCCAGUGGCUUCCAAGUGUGUCCUUAUUUCAUUGGACAUGGAAUAGGCUCCCACUUUCACUGCCAUCCUGAGAUCUGGCACCACGCUAAUGACAAUGGCAUGACCAUGGAUGAAGGGAUGGCGUUCACAAUAGAGCCCAUACUGAUGGAGGGGUCUGUAGACUUCAGAAUACUGAAGGACAAGUGGACAGCCGUGUCUGCAGAUGAUAAAAGGUCGGCUCAGUUUGAACACACGGUGGUCAUCACAUCUGACGGCGUGGAUAUUCUUACCAAACUGCCAGAAGAGAGCAGUCUGUGACCCGAGGGGACCCAGCUGCUGACCUGCAGGAAUCUCUUAACAUCAAAUAGGAUCUAAACUACCUUUUGUGAUAAUAAAACAGUUUACAGAA